UAUCUCCAUUAUAAAUUGGAGUGUGUUAUAUAACCAAUGAAUUAUAUAACAUUUCGGUUUAUAUAAAAUGGUUUAUAGUUUACCGUCUCAGUUCGUUGCCGUACAACGAUACUGUUGCCUGUUAUACAGAGAUACCAUAAAACCUAGCAACAGACAUUUUUGUUUCCAGGCCCAAACAGUUUCCAGUCGGUGUUUGACUCUAACAGCCUCUGCAGCGUCUGUAUUCACUCUCCUGUUUUUGAGUCAGACUUCUUUCCGUGUUAAAACUUCAUCGUUGGUAUUCUCACAAAGUCACAGCACUCAAUCAGGAACAUCGGAGGAUAAAGGUACAAAAGAAGAAGCCAAAGUAAUGUCUAAACCGGCAAUUCCUGAGUCUGUAAAAAAGGCCAAAGCUGAGGCAGUGUGGGGUCUUUUCGUUGCUGAUGCGGUCGCCAUGCCAGCACACUGGUACUACGAGCCUUCUGAUAUAAAACAUGACUACGGAGGUUGGCUGAAGGGCUAUGUUGCUCCUAAUGGAAAACAUCCGUCGUCUAUUCUUAGACUUUCUGCUGUUGAUGGUAGUGGAAGGGGAUCAAACUCCAGCACUAAAGCCAUUAUUGGCAAUGUUAUCCUCCAUGAUAAACUGAAGUAUUGGAAUGGAAGCUCUAACAAUAACCACUACCACCAAGGUAUGAAAGCUGGAGAUAAUACUCUAAAUGCAGUUAUGGCCCUUCAUGAACUGCAAACAAUGAACAAAUUCGACCAUGAUAUAAUCAAGCCGGAGAGGGAGGUUAGGGGAGCGGUCUUGGAAGAUUAUGUCAGUUUUAUGACAACUCCAGGAUCACAUAAUGAUACAUAUGCUGAGUCGUUCCACAGAAGUUUUUUUAGAGACUGGGCAGACAGUGGAGAGCCUAAAACAGCGGCUGAGCUCAUUGAUUUUGCAGAGAAAAGGUCAAAGAGAAUGCUACAGUCCCACCCUGACCACCAACUGGCCGUAGUUGGGAGCCUGGUGCCAGCUAUCCCAUGGAUUGUGCGGAAUGCCCACAAGACUGAGAAGGAGUGCGUCCAGUGUGUUGUUGACUUUGUGAAGCUGACCCACCCUGUGCCUUCACUGAUCCCUUUUGUGGACGCUUACACUCGUCUGUUACACGCAGUUAUUAAUGGGAAGGAUCUCAAAUCAGAGGUAAUGAUUGCACUGGGAAAUUCAAUCCUCGGAGGACCGGGCAACAGGGAAAGAAUUUUGAAAAGUUUAGAUGAUUCAAUCAAAUUAACUAAAGGAACUGAAGAUAGGCUAAGAAUGUAUCAAUCAAUGACUUCAAGGCUAGGAUCAGCUUGUUACAUUGAAGGGGCACUAAACUCCCUGCUAUUCCUAGCUUUGGAGUUCCAUGAUGACUUUGAAGGCGGUGUCUUUGCCAAUGCUAAUUGUGGAGGUGAGAACUGCCAUAGAGGAGCCGCUCUUGGAGCCCUGUUAGCAGCAGCCGCAGCCCACCGCGGCCCUGGGGUGCCCACAAAGCUCAAAAAUGGCCUCCAUUCGUUAAAGCAAGAUAUUGAAUCAGUGGUGGCAGACCUCGAUGAAAAAUUUUGAUCUCAAUCCAAAAACUUUUUUUUACAUGCACAGAGAUUAAACAGGAAUUUAUUUUAAGUCUUUCCUAUUGAUGAUCAAACGUUUGAAAGGAAUUUUUUGAAAGAAAUCUUCUCUUCAUGUCCAACUUUUGUGUACUCUCAGAAAUUCUAACUGUUGCUUUGUCUAUGCAUUAAAACAUGUUAAGUUCAGUACAUUUGUCAUAGAACUCAUGUCAUUAAAUGGCGUAGAUUUUCCUGUAACUAGGACACACUUGAAAUCUGAUUACAUAAUAUUCUCUUAAAUUUCCCACUGCCUGCUCAGCUGUAAUAAGUACCUGGCAGUAUUUGGACAGCUGAGAAUUUGUGACUCCAUGAAUCCCUCGGAAAAAAAACAUUUCUUUGAAUUCUUAGUAAUAUUAUUCUUCCAUAGGGCCUACUGUUUAUUUUCUAUGCAUUCAUGAAUGUAGUUGAAUCUCAUUGGAGAUUGUUAUGACUUAUUUUGGAAUGUGUGUUGUGAUUGUAAAAGUUAAAAUAUCAAUGUCAAUAUUAUAAGCUGCAUUACCUCAUGUUCUGGGUGUUAAGUCUAAACAGAGAAAUCACUUAACACAUACAUUUGUCCUACAUCACAGCACCUACACACACAGACAUGUCCUACACCACCUCAGUUACACAAAAAAACUUAUCCUACAUCCCUCUCAAUCAGCACAUAGACCUUUAACCUCCGCACUAAUAUAGAGUAUAAUUAACCCUAAUCAGACAAGCCUCACAAAUGGAAUAAUGAGUCUAACCUACUGCUCCCCUUGUAAAUGAUAUUCUUAUUAGUACAUGAACACUGCAUAUACCCAUCAAAACAAUCCUGAAAUGUUUAUUUUUUUGGCACUAUGCAUCCUAUGAAGUAAAACAUAACAUUUCAGAAUUAAUAUUAAAUGUGUUUAUUUAUGGAUGUGCAGGUACACAUUUUAACUGUUGCUGUGAGUCUUUAGCUUUUAAUGUGAAUAAA